AUGGAGCUGAAGACGGGGAGGUAUAUCGCCAACAUUCUCUGCCCCGUCAUAGAUAAGGUGGGGCCGGAGAAUGUGGUUGCGGUUUGCACUGAUUGCAGCAACAGCUAUGCACUGGCAGACAAGAAGAUUGCGACAACAUGGCCGCACAUUGAGCACGUGCCUUUUGCCACGCAUGUUCUGGACCUGAUAAUGGAAGAUGUGGGAAAGAUGUCAUGGGCGAAGGUGGUCGUGGUGAAGGCAGGGGAGAUGAUUAACUUCGUGCGCAACCACGACUUCACCCUUGCCUUCAUGAAGAACCCGAGCCUGACGGGGGGGAAGGGGAAACAAGUGCUCAUGCCUGCGGGAUCAGAUUCGGGACACAGCUGUGUCCUGGCUAUGCGAGGUGAGGAGUGGGCUGGCGCAGCUGGUUCUCAGCGACAAAUGGAAAGGGCGUCCACACCGCCCGCUGCAGCUGGCUCGGGUCCACCAAAUGUGCGGACCUCGUCUACGUUGCGCACAAGUGAAACGUUGUGCGCAACUGGUAUAACAAGGAAGGAUGGGGGCAGCACGGUUGUGCCCGGGAACGUCCCGGAUGCCCCUUCCCCCCCGGGCUAUAACAUAGACAAGGAGGAUGAAAUGAUUGGUGGGCAGGGAGAGGAGGGAGAGGAUGCAGUUCUGGCGGAUGAGUAUGAGGAAGGGGUGGUGGUGGAAAAGCCCCGCAAGGAAAUAGGUUGUGGGGAGGCUAGCUAG